AUGGGCAUAGGAAUGAACAACCCUCUGCAGCUCAAGUCGCUGAAUCACAUCUCCCUCGUCUGUCGAUCCGUCGAGAAAUCUCUCAAUUUCUACCAGCACGUUCUUGGCUUCUUCCCCAUUCGCCGCCCUGGCUCCUUCGACUUCGACUUCGACGGCGCCUGGCUGUUUGGUUACGGAAUCGGAAUCCAUUUGCUUCAAUCCGGAGACCCAGAAAGCAUGUCUAAGAUCAGCGAAAUAAACCAUAAAGACAACCACAUCUCCUUCCAAGUUCGUCUUCGUCCCACCCUUCCCCCAAAUUACCCAAUUCAACAUUUUCAUCGAGAAAUUGUAAAAAACAGAGGCUAA